AUGACUGUCACAUUCAUCGAAACUGAUGGGGGUAAGCUCGCCGUCGACAUUUCCGGCCAAGGCCCUCUCGUCAUUUGCUCUCCCGCUAUGGGCGACUUUCGAGACGCAUACGACCCUCUGGCUACUGAACUCCGCAAAGCCGGGUACAGAGUAGCCAUGGUUGAUCUUCGAGGUCACGGCGAUAGUUCCACAACCUUCAACCGUUACGGCGACGAAGCCACAGCUGAUGACCUCAUCACUCUUAUCGACACUUAUGGUGGUGGCCCUGCUGUGUUGGUUGGUGCUUCGUUAUCUGGUGCAGCCGCCACUAUUGCCGCUGGAAGCCAACCUCAUAAAGUCGCUGGUCUUGUCCUCAUUGGCGCAUUCCUUCGUCCAGGAACCGGCAAGCUUGUCGCAAGCCUCUUCCGUCUAUCUAUGAACUAUCCUACCGGACCUAUCAUUUGGAAAUCUUAUGCUCCCAAGCUUUGGCCUGGUCUUGGUGACAAGAAGCAAGAGCGAGUUGACCGAUCCAUCAAGAUGCUCACCGGCCCUGGACGCUGGAAGGCAUUCCACGCCACCCUUUCUACUGAUCACGCUGUUGUCGAGCCAUUCUUGAGCAAAGUCAAGGCUCCCGUACUUGCUGUCUAUGGUGACGCUGAUCCCGAUUGGAGUGACCCUGCUGAGGAAGCUCGCUGGGUUGCUUCAAACUUCAAGGAUAGUGAGGUCGUUAUGGUCAAGGGCGUUGGGCAUGCACCCCAGCUGGAGAAGCCAGAGGAGGUCACACCGGCUGUUCUUAGAUUUUUGAACAGAAUCCAGAGCGAGGGGGCUUUCACCCCUGGAAGUGCUUAG